AUGAACGCGUACAAAUAUGUUUACACUGAAAAGAAGAUAGAAUCUCUAACCGAAACGCCGAAGAAAAACGAAUGUGUUUUAGAAACAGCUGAAAUUUGGAACAUAGCAAGGAAUUCGUUAUACAAAGUGCUCAAGGAUCACAAGGAAAAUGAGAAUUUAAGCGGCCAUACCGAGAGUAAACACUGGGUGGAUACUAAUAUAAAAUCAAAACAACAGUCUUUCUUGGAGGGUUUAACCACUGGGUUGAAAGGGCCUUCGGGCAAAGGGAGAAGACUUGUAGUGUCACAUGUAGGAAGCGAGGAAGGAUUCGUGAAUGGUGGAGAAAUGAUCUUAGAAGCAAAAAAGAGACUAAAAGAUUAUCAUAAGGAAAUGAAUAGCGACGAAUAUGAAAAAUGGUUAAAAAAUAUUCUCCCUAAAUUAAAAGAAAAUUCAGUACUUGUUAUUGACAAUGCUCCGUACCACACCAGAAAAUUGGAAUCGUUACCUACUUCUAGCUGGCGUAAAGGUCAAAUACAAGAGUGGCUUAAGUCAAAGAAUAUAGACUUUGAUAACAAAAUGUUAAAAGCUGAACUAAUAGAAAUUGCACGGCACCACAAAAAAGCCCAUGAGAGAUGUGUCGUCGAUGAAAUGGCCGCUGAACGGAGAGUCACCAUUUUGCGACUGCCUCCAUACCAUUGCGAGCUAAAUCCAAUUGAAUUGGUGUUGGCUCAGGUAAAGGGGCAUGUCGCAAAAAAACAAUAA